AUCAACUUUUAGAAGCAAAAUUGUUCAUUAAAAAUGUGAGCUACAACAUUAAAUAUAUUGUUGAAACUCUUGUAAAUAGUGUGCGCGAGCGCGCGAACCCGCAACUGCUACCAGCCGUAUGCGACAUAAAGCAAAACGAAAAAUAUUGAAGUGAAAUUUAUGCUUGUGCAGAAUGGAACAGGUCGAUUCUUCUGAGCUGCAUCUGAGCAGGAUACGUGAGGUAAAAGACUUGGCUUCUUUGGCCGACGGCGUGCGCGAUGUUGUGAAAGAAGAGGUGAUACUCGAAAGCUCGGGCCAUCAUCACCAUCAGUUGGAUACAAAAGUUCGCAUGGUUACUUCCUCAUCAAACGACAACAGCGGCAGCGGCGUUGUCUCGGUGCCCGUGUCUCUGCCAAUUGGUUCAAUGAUCACGGGCACAGCCUUCAAUGUGAUUACGCCCGACCAGCUGCCGCACUUCAAGCCGAUGCUGUGCGUUGACAACAAUGGCUACUUGUCCGGCAGUACCGUCAGCAUGGGCGGCGACCUCAAAACGAUUGUCAUUCAGCAGCAGCAAACACAGACAGGCGGCAGUGGUGGCGGCAAUAGCAGUGCUGGUACCACAACCACAGCCACAAACACUAGUGGACUGAAUCACGACGGCUCCGGCAGCAAUAACAGCCAUGACAGCAUGGGAACGCUCGACCACGCAGCUGGUGGCGGUGCUGGCACCACAACGGGCUCCACUGGCUGGGCGGAGACGACAUCCACUCAGCACAUGGAAGUCUUUCAGAUACGUUGCAAAACAACCUCCGCCGAACUCUAUCGCAGCAAGCUGGGCUCAGGCGGGCGCGGCCGCUGUGUCAAAUACAAAGACAAAUGGCACACGCCAAGCGAGUUCGAGAAUGUGUGCGGUCGUGGUUCCAGCAAGGAUUGGAAGCGCUCAAUAAAAUACGGAGGCAAAUCACUGCAAUCUCUUAUAGAUGAGGGCACACUGACGCCGCACGCAACCAACUGCAGUUGUACGGUGUGCUGUGAUGACGAAGCUGCUUCCGGUCCCGUGCGUCUAUUCACACCAUACAAGCGACGAAAGCGAAAUCAAACAGAUCUCGAUGUAGAGCCCGGCCCUAAGCGCAAAAGGAAUACGCAUAGCAACAAUAACAACAAUACCAAUACAAACAACAACAACACAAGUAAUAGCAGCACCAACAAUGUGGACCCAACGACAGCCACAGCUACAGUGGUGGAUGAGAACAAUAUGUUUCUUCCCGAUGAUAACAUAACGUCCAAAGACGAACCCUGGGCAGCGCUCAACGACAGUUUAGACACCUCCACCGAACUGGUUGACCAAACGCAAAUGGGCAAUCCCUACGAGCGUGAAACGUUCGUGGUGAAUAUCAACGAUGCGGGCUCCAUAGCCGUGCUGGACAGCAGUCAGUCGUUAAAGAACAUCGAGCACGUCUAUUGUACCAUGGUGAAGGCAACCAACGACUUCAAGCGUCUGCUAAACGAUAUGAAGCAGACGUACGAGCGACGCAUCGAGGUCCUGCAGAAGGAGCGGGAUGCUGCCGUCUCGGCGAUGCGCGUGCAGGUGCAUACGGAUAUCGAUGAUCCGAAUAUAUCAGGCUCCUUACAUGGCAAUGAGAUCAUAUCGGCAAAAAAGUGCGCCAACUGCAAUCGGGAAGCGCUUGCCGAGUGCUCGCUGUGUCGCAAGACACCAUAUUGUUCGGAGUUUUGCCAGCGCAAGGAUUGGAAUGCUCAUCAGGUGGAAUGCACAAGAAAUCCACAAACGACAACGCAACAGGUUAUGCUAUUGAUCGAUGAUCAGUCCUAAGCAACGUAACGAAUUGUACAUACAAAUUUUACUACUAAUUAUUAUGGUCAAGCAUACAGUUUCCAACCCCAUCCCCACGCCCAGCUCCAUAAGAGAAACCAAUACCCAGACCCCAAUACAUAAGUCUUUUAGCAAGUUUAAUAAUGAGCCUCCUACCCUUAGAGUUACCCCCUAUAUUAAUGUAAUUCUUAAACAACGUACAUAUAACUAUACUAUACAUAUAUACAUUUUACUAUGAAGGUAGGGCAAGCCAGCAAAAAAAAAUAUUAAAAAAAUCAACAAAAAAAGAUAAAACUUUACCAAGCAAAAAUCAAAGUAAGUGCAAAAGCGUCGGCAUAGAAAAUUAAUUAAGCUACGAUUUGAAAGAAAAGAAAAUACCAUAAAAAACACACACUUGUAAUUCAAUUUAAAUUAAAUUUAUAAAUAGUUGCAAACAAUUAUAAGUGCGAGCGCAUUAGCAUAAAAGAGAAACCCCAAAACACAAUUAACAAUUAAAAUGAAAAAAAUACAAAAAGAGAAAAACGCAGCAAGUAAACGCGAAAAAGUUACUUCGCAUAAGCAGAAAUACAUACAUAUUCGUCUAUGUAUACAUUUUUCAUUAGAUUUUAAGCACAUAGUUAAACUUUUAACAUUUUAUUAUAAUUUUUAUGGAUACUACUGCCCAUCGUUACAAGCAUCCAAUAAAGAUUUCAAAACAAAACAAAAUGAAAUACGAAGCAAGUCCCAUAAAAUACAAAAAGAGAGCAGAGUGCACGAUGCAUUUUCGACAUACUCUAUUAAAUAAUUCAAUAAUUAUUUAAUUCGUGUCGAAUAUGUGCAAUCUAUAACAUUAAACAAUAUGUGUGUAAAUGUAUCGUAAUGUCCUCCUCCUUCCUUAUAUAUAUAUUUAUUUGUUUUUGUGUGAUGUUUAUUUAAACUUCGAACGCUGUAAAGUUUUUCCGCCAGCUGCUGUAACAAUUUCUUGUAGUCUGUAGUAAGCAAAACAUUCAUUAUAGUAUAUAUACAUAUAUAUAUAUAAAUAAAUAUAUUUAAACAACUA